AUGAACUCAUUACCAAAGAGAAUUAUUAAAGAAACAGAGAGACUAGUUAAAGAACCAGCUCCAGGUAUUAGCGCUACACCAAAUGAAGAAAAUCUUCGUUAUUUCAAUGUAGUUAUUACUGGUCCAGUUGAUUCACCAUUCCAAGGUAACGUGUCACAUCAUAAAAGUGGUGGUGUAUUCAACUUAGAGCUUUUCUUGACUGAUGAUUACCCAAUGUCAGCACCAAAGGUUAGAUUCUUGACAAAGAUAUAUCAUCCAAACAUCGAUAAACUUGGCAGAAUCUGUUUAGAUAUUUUAAAGGAUAAAUGGAGUCCAGCUCUUCAAAUUCGUACAGUUCUUCUCUCAAUUCAAGCUUUACUUUCUGCACCAAACCCAGAUGAUCCUUUAGCCAACGAUGUCGCUGAGCAUUGGAAGUCAAAUGAAAAAGAUGCAAUCCAAACAGCAAAAGAGUGGACACGUUUAUAUGCUGCUUAA